AUGGUGCUACACAGCAGUAGCUCCAGCUCGCUCUCCAGUGUCAACACAGAUAAGCGUAGCACGACGUACAGCAGCAGCAAUAAUGGCACGGCUCUUCAUAAGCAGAUUGAUGACCCAAGUUCUUAUGGUUCCAUGUUGGACCAACUGCACGCUGAGCAGAAAGGCACCAUCGAGGCGCUGACAUGUCAGGUCGAAUUCUACCGUAAUCGUGAGGAGCGCGCCCGUCAAGAGCUUGUGACGUUGCGCCGCUGCUUGCCUCUGGCUAAAGGCGACGACAACUCAGCUUCCGUGGCGAAGCUUGCGAGCGAGAAUCGUACGCUCGGUGACGAAUUGGAAGCGCUGCAAGCCAAAAAGAGCGCGUGGGAUAGGGAUCAAACGCGUCUUGAGCGACAGAAGAAAGAUCUUGAGCGUCAGCUCAAGGAAGCUAAGCACACACUCACAGGCUUUUCGAAAGCUAUUGAGCAGCUCGAGAUCAAGAUGCAACGUAAGGAGGCUGAGGUACAGACUCGUUGCCUUAGACUUGAGCAGGAAUUGGGUGACAAAACGCAUGAGUGUGAGCAGCUGCAGCAGGACAAGACGACUUUGCAACAGCAACUUGAAAAUAUACAGACAGCAAGCGACGAAAACACUCGAUUGCGUACCGAGCUGCAGGCGCUACUGCAUACUGCAGAUCGGGGUUUUAGUGAUAAUCCCAAGAGCUCAGAAUUCUCGUCUGAGAUCCGCAGCAUCAGUGACAGACUCAAAUUUUUGGAGGACACUAAAAUUAAACAAGAGGCUGAGAUACAUCACUUGCAGCGACAGCUGUCAGCUUCUGCUGCAGAGUUGUUAACAACUCAGCAUGAGGUCGAGCGGAAGAACAGUGAGAUCAAGGAGAUGCUGUUGAAGCUGGACAACUCAACCAAUGUCUUGACACUUCGAGAGCAAAUGCUAGCGUCGGAUGAUAUUUCGAAGAAGGAAAUCGAGAAACAGCGACAAGAACUUUCGGAGUUGGUGUCAAUUUUGCAACGUGAAAAGAGUGACUUACAGAGUGAUUUAUCGAGAUUGAACCGAGAACUUGAGACCACCAAAAAUGAUUUACAGAGUGUUAAAUCUCGUUUAUCUGCCAAAGAUCAUUCCUUAUUAGUAUCAACAUUGCGCUCAGAAGUGACCGCUUUGAAAGAGCGCAUUCGAGUCGAGUUUAAGCACGAGCAGGAAAGCCUAACGGCAGAAGUUUUGUCGCUUAAACGGGAGAUCACACUGCUACGAGGACGCUUAGCAGACAAAGACGUCGCAGCAAGGAACCUCGAGAAUGAGCUUACGCGCAGCGAGGAUAAACAGAAGCAAAUGGAAUACGAUAUUCGACAGCUAAAGGAGCAGGUCUGUCACUUCAAGACAGAGCUCGAGCAGUCCCGAAACAAGUAUCAGCAGCUUCAGCAUUGUCGGACGUCUUUAGUCGAACAGCUUGACUCUGGCUUUAAGGAACUGUUAAAAGACGAAGAAAGUGCCGCAUCAGCCCACGAAGAACUAGAAAGACUGCGAAAUGAGCUAAAUCUUAUGACAAAAAAGAAUGUUGGUUUUGAAACUGAGCGAAUGGCGCUCACGGAAGAGCUGGAACAUAUUGAUCGGAUUCAUCGUGAAUUUUCUACGCACCAGAAUGAAAAGUUAAGCGAUCUUUACCGCCAACUCGUGGAGAAAGAGGAAAUAAUAACGUCAUUGAAAAGUUCUGAACGCUUAGUUGCUCUACUGCAGGCAGAAAAAGAGACUUGGGAGGGUAAUGUGACAGAUAUACGUUUACGCUGUGAAAACCGAGUGGAAUCAGAAGUGCGCAAGGCGGAUGUUCUUCGCUCUCAAGUCGAGCAGCUAGAGCAGGAAAGACUGUCUCUAAAGCAGCAGAUUGGUAUCUUUGAAGAGCAAAGGGCGAAUUUGAAGGAAGAAAAGGUUACAACUGAGUUAUCUCUCCGCCAAAAAGAUCAUGAGUUGGAGGAGCUCAAAUGUGAAUUGACACAUCUUACAAAUCAACUAGAUGCGACAACUCAGCGCUUGGAUAACGGACGCCAAGAAAUCUUAACUCGCGAGCAAAAGCUGCUAGAAGAGCGUAAAAAAUUGGAGCACGAUAUGGUUUAUCUUAUGCAACGUGUUGAAAGCGCUGACCAGCGUAAUUUUGAGCUAAAUGAGAAAGUGAUAGUGCUUGCAAAGCAGGCAAAAGUUGAUCAAACGAAUCUUGUGGCGUUGAGCUGUCAGAUGAGAAAGUACAAAGACCAGGUGAAGACACUGGAAAUUCAGCUUGGACAGAUGCACCGAUGCAAGGGACAGAAUUCCCAGACUUUUUGCGACCUACAACGUAAGCUGAAAGAUGUCACAUGCUUGAAGGAAAGUUAUCAAGUCGAAAUCGACAAACUUCGGCAGAUGCUAGAGCAUGUGCAGAGCGACUACAGUGUAGCAAAGCGACAGCGCGAUGAAGCUGUGAAGCGCAUCCGUCUUCUUGUGCAGUGUCGAGACGAUAUGAAGGUAACAGUUGAGGAUCAUACAGCAGAGUUGGUAGAAGAGAUCGAGGCGCUGCAACAUCAGAUGGAUAGCGAGCGCAAGCGCUGUGCUGUGCUAUUAGCCAACGAGAAGACACUUUUGCGUGAUCUUCAAGAGCGAAACACUGCUGUAAUGACGCUACAACGCAGUCUUGCGGUACUUCAGCACCAAAGUAAUGAAAGAUCUAGUGAAAGUGAUCGAUCCAGUACUUCAAAUACGUAUCGUCGGCAACGGUCUUGUUGCAGUUGUGGCACGGGUUCACCAGUGAGCAGCAGCAAUCAAUCUACAUCCCUCACAACAAGCACUUUGUCACCCAUUCACCACCACCAGCAUCAUGCCCAGUCACGGUCACAACAGCAACAUUUUCUGUCUAGCCCAGAAGUGAGCACCGAUUGCACCCUAACACCAACAAUGGAGAUGAAGAAUCUUUUGAGCAACUUGGAGCACAUUUCGAAGCUCUCGCCGCAGGCGUAG